CAGAUGUUCCAGUUUGGCGGGAAAAGAAGAGAAAAGAAAUGAGCUCGUCGGCGGUUGAGCCGGAAUCUCCCGAUCUAGUGUGCCAACUUGACAAGGUUCAAGGCGUCGUCGACGCCCUCACCUCCGUCCGCUGGAAACGCCACCAGGAUGCAGUUGUGGAGCUUUCGGAACACGGCAUAGUGUUAAUUGUUGAGGAAACCGCUUGUCUUCAGGCCAAAGUUUACUUGCAACGAGAGUUAUUUGUUCGUUACGAAUAUAGCGCAGAAGGGAGGCCCCGUUUCGGAGUGAGCUUAGGGUUAUUUGUUGAUUGCUUGAAUACGUUUUCGGUUCCAGGACAUUCAAGUGCUAUUGAAAUAUGCUAUCCUGGUCCUGAUAUGCAACUUCUUCUCAAGUCUGUUGACUCUUCAGGUGCUUGUACUUAUGCGGAAAUCAGAACAAGGAUUCCUGAUACAAUAUCAUGGGACUACAAUUUUGAACCUGCUGGAAGUACUCCUCUCAGUUUUACUGUGAAGUCUGCAGCUCUAAAGGAAGCCAUAGAUGACCUUGAGUGGCCAGGAUCAAGCAUUCAUCUAAUCCUACAGCCUACACCACCAUCGGUUACCUUUAGAGGUGAAGGUCAUGGUGACUUACAGAUAGACUUUAUGUGUUAUGCCAACACUGAUCUUCUGGUUGCAUUUCAUUGUGAUCGUCAAGUCUCUCACAGGUAUAAAUACAAAUUUCUCCGUGCUACAACCUCAAACAUACCCAGCAGUGUCAUCCGGGAUAAUCGAGGAAGUAAGUUGACCAUUGGGAGAGGGGGAAUGCUCAAAGUUCAGCAUCUGGUCUCAGUUGCAAAACCAGCAAUGCCUCACCCACAUAUUGAUUCUGCUGGCUAUCAGCAACCCAGCCGUAUUGCAUAUAUUGAAUUCUUUGUCAAGCCAGAGUUUGAUGAUGACGGUGCGAAUGAUACAUAGGAAGUUCUUGCUUAACAAAAUUAGUUGCUCAAUGUUCUUAUUAAAGGGGAUAUUGGCAGCUUGAUUUAAAAACUUCCUCACGUGUGGAGUUACUAUCCUAAUUCCUCUGACAGCUUAAGUAGUCAGUGUUAGGAUAUGCAUUGGAGUUGUGUUCUCUUAAAAUCAGUGUUUAAGGGAUUUGUUUUGCGGAUCGUGAUAUAUUCAACUUGUGAUGGGUAGACGCAAGACAUUAGCAUCAUGAUAUUAAGGUUUUUUGC